CGGUCAGGCCAAGAUGAAUUCCUGCUGCUGUCGAUCGCACAGCGAUCGCACGAAUCCGAUGGUCUGUCUACCACAAUUUCCUCGUCUCCAUCGUGUCCAAAGCUGUAGGCCGUAUUUAGAGGGCCGCAAGUCAGCCAGCUGUUGUAUGUCGAGCGAGAGGCGAUGGGGUCAGAGGAACGGGGAAAUGGUUCAAUUGCUGGCCAAGGUGGUGGACAAAUCAGCCAAUUCUGUCCGCUCGUUUCUGCAUCAACUGACCCUGCAGCUUUUCGCCAGGAUUCUCUACCCUUUGAUGGCAGGUUGGAAUACGCUCAAGAUACCAUUUGUCCAAUCCGAUACCUGUGAACUUUACUACGGCAUAUUCGAUGAAUGUGGUAACCUGAGAUGGCCGAUGCCCAGCAGGACAUUCAUUAUUCUCAUAACCAUGAUGCAGUACUUUCUGAACCUACCCACACAGAAGUUAUGCAGGGGAAAGAAGAAGUGUGCAUAUUGCAAAAAUAAGGAUGAUAAUAUCAAACACAUACACAAUCCCGGCUAUUGUGGCAAAGAUGCCAUAACUCCCUUCUCUGGACGUGGACCCACUGCAAAGGUACCAUCGCCGAAAAGUCAAGUGUGGGCAGAACUCAGGCGAUUGGGGUACGAAAAGCCUGGCAGUGUUAAUUCCGAUCUAAAUACUUAUCCCUCUGAUGAAUCUAUACCAUAUGGCUAUGCACCCUAUCGGUGUCCUUGUCAGGCAAGCGAUCGUGAGCUUUCCCAGGCUCAGAGCCCAAGUCCUUAUGCCAAUGUGCAGGAUCCCGAGGCCUUACAAAGUGCCUGCGAGGCGGAGCUGCAAAGUCCAAUGUUAGCUUCUGAUUGCAAUGAAAGCUCUGCUAUGGCAGCUAUUUCGCCACAAACAGCCCAACUCAUACAAAUUACUCGCAUCUCAAAUCUAUAUACUGCGGUCGUUGAGAACCGACAUUCAAGGCAAUUACUUGGAGAUGGUGGGCCGCCGAGGCAAAGGAUAAUACCCUGCACUAAGAAGAGAUUCUCCGGCGGUUUCAUAACGCCCGAACCCUAUUUCAAUGGCAUGCCCUGGAGUUGGCUGCACAGGGAACCGCAGAGAAUGCUGCGACUUCAGAGUGGUGGUCUACCAUUGCAAAUCCCUAGUUAUAGGCGUCAACCCUUGGAUGAGGAGUACCACGAUCUUAAAAGUAAAUAUGAGGACAUGAGCAGACAUGUUAACCCCUUUAAGGAAAGCACUACCUCACCUUUUGAUAAUUACCCAGAAGAAAAUAGAUUUCAACCAGAAAAAAGAUUUCAAUCUAAUGACUGGAAGAAAAGAAUCAUAGAACUUCCUACCGAAAAAACCGAAAAUCUUCAGUUUUCCAUAGCCAAUAAGGGAAGACAAGUUCCGGUCGAAGUAAGCAAGAAAAUGGAGUGGGAGGCACAUUUAUUAAAAAGAGUUUAUCAAGCUAGAAAACUCAAAGGACCUUUGGAUAACUGGCGGGAGAUGAUGGACGGAUAUCAGUUGAGAAGGACAUUCGAUCAAGAAAGAAAUUACACUUUGAGUACAAUUAACCUAACAUCACCUAUAAAGAAAAAAGAGCGUUCUCCCAUUUUGGUUAAAAGAAAUAAUAGCUGCUUGAGUUCAGUUAAGCAAACAUCUGAAAACCGUGGAGAUAGUGUAUCGCCUCAGAACAAAAUAAUGCCUAUAAGUCGUAAGCAAGAAAAUCAUAACUUAAGUGAUUCCAUCGAACAGACAAACAUAGCAUCAGAGAUAAAACCUAGAAAACCCAAGAACAAGUCAGUAGAUGAGCUUCUACGAUCAGUAAAUAGAGAUAACUUAGGGAGUAGAGAACAAAAAUAUUCUGAUCCCGAGGAUUACAGAAGAGAAAUGGCCAGGGAUCACUCUAAAAAUCAAAGGAAAACUGCUGGAGAGAGUAUCCUUCUUAUAAAGACUGCAGAAAGCAUUGGAGGAAUGCGUGGAUUUAUUACGUUAAAUGAGACCAACCAGCCUUUAACAAGAAGAAAAAGUAUAGAAUGCUUAGAUAAAAAGGUGCGAUUUUGUGUUCAGAAACCUCCAAGUUUAGAGAGAGUAAAGCCAGAAGAAGAUAUAAAACCAAAGAUCAGACGUACAUUUUUUCUGUCUGGAGGUGGAGAUCAGCAAUACAGUAAAUCCCAUGCAGAAGAUAGCAAAACGAAAACGCUUUCUAAUGGUGAAGAUAUAAACAUAUUAUAUAAGCCUAGGAAGGCAAAGUCUCCAGAAAGAAUUAUCAGAAGAAUUAAAUUUCUUUCUGAUGACCAAGCCGCAGACUCAAACCCACGGAAGACAUCUCAGAGAAAUUUUAAAUCGAAAGCUCAUAAAUUUAUUGAAAGAUGUUACGGAAUGCGAUCCAAAUUAAUCGAUUUAACAGAAUUGGAAACCCUAAAAAACAAACUCAAACGAAGAUAGCCAGUAACUUCUAUGUUAUGAAAUAUAUAGUGGAUUAAUGUCUAUAUCAAUAUCUCCCUAAUCAAUUUUAAAUCAACAUUAAUUUUUAGUAAACUAUUGUUAUUUCGCUGAGCAACACAUUGUAUAUAAAUCAGGGGCCUGACCGCCUAUUAAAUUUUAGUUUGAACUGUA